AUUCCCGGCCGGGUAGACAGGGUCCAAUAUUGUUUGCGGCAUGUUCUUUUAUUUGUGUUGUGUAGCGUUGCAUGCUUCUGUGUCCUUCAUAACGCACUUAUAUCAUAAUUUUUUGUGUAGUUUUUUAUUUUAUUUUUACGCUUUACCGCAUUCUCAAAACGCUUUCGAAGUUUGAACGGCAAAAUUACCGACCUAAAAUUUUGGUAAUUUUUUUAAUCAAACGACGAAUCUUGGUACGCGACACAAUGAGAUAGUCGUUAGCUGUAAUAAUGUUAAUGGAAAUUAAAAUUUUAAGUGUAUGUUGAUGCUAUCUUACAACGUAAACGGAUUUUGAAUUUGGGAGACUUGCCGUGUACCUAGAUCACUACACAGAUCAGAUCACUGGAUCUUUGAUGAGUUUCAACACUCCGUGUAUGGUACAGGAUGUGAAAUAUCCCAGCCAGUGAGAACCAAAUACUUAUAAGCGAUUCGAAAUGCAGUUUUAAAACCGCGAUGGUCGCGCAACAAACUCGAACCUUGCUAUUUUCCAAAAAAAUGUACGUUCACACGCGAUAUUGGCAAAAUAUUAAAUCAGUACAAAAAUUGAGGAUCACUUAAAGUAGAAGAAAGAGGUGCACGUCAGCAAGCACGCGUGUCGGCUCUAUCCAUGCGGUAGACUGUUGAGGCUUUGACAUAUCGAGUGUUAUUGGUUCUUUUCUGAAUUUCACUUUUCAUAUUUAGUAAAUUUUAACAAUAAACCAAAUAGAACGCAUUUGUCUUACUCUCUGGUGCUGUAUAUAAGAACUUGCAGUCGUUUCACAUAGAGUGGCGACUAUAUUUCUGUCUACCCACAAGAGAAUAAAGUCACCUUAAUCUCCCAAUUUCAAAAUCUCACACAAUAUUUUAAAAUGUUUUAAAUGUAAAUGAUGAUUCUUCUGUGUGAUUGUUAUUUUAAGCAAUUUAAUAAUGAAGAACGCAUGGUCACGUUGGCUUACGCACUGUCUUUUAAUCUUUAUAAUAAUAAAAUGCUCAGAAAAAUAACAUACACUUGUUUGUUGUAAGACACUUAUAAUCGUACAAUUCGAUCGCUGGUUUGAUAUGUGCGCGUGUUAGACUGAUCAGAGUUCGGCCACCUUAUACUAAAAUUAAUUUCAAUUUUGUUUAUAACUUGGCGUGUAUGUUAACUCUUAAUUGUGAGUGUUCCUGAGCCGUCGUGAUCAUGUUAAAUGAAUUGCAUCUGUAAAUAACUUUGGUAGAAGACCAGCACAUUGAUCAGUGUUGUCUAAACCGAUAAAAUCUACCAAAUUGUAUUACUUACUAUCACUGGAUCCGUUAAAAAGGUCUUUCAAACAAUGCUCUUCGUUUUUUUUUUUUGUUUUUACAAAGAAAGUAAAGUCCUUUUUGUCUGAUCCAAAGCAUUGUCACUCCACUAAUAAGUUUUUCAAAACACAGCUGUUUGUUUCAGUUUUCUUUUCCAUCCCAAUAAUAUCUAUGUUUCGAAAAACUACCGUCGCGGAUCCGACUUAGAUUGACAGUUUUGACAGUUGUCAAAUUGAUUGUCUAGAUCGCGUCAAAAUUCAAUUUAAGUUCAGUCCGUGAAUGUUAAUCGUGCAGUGUGACAAACGCGACGAGGGAUUUUCAAAAGUGACUGAAGAAAAAAUAAGAAUUGAAAUGUUUAAAAUUGAAUUGUAAAGUAUUUAUAACGCGGUGUCACGCAGCGCGGUCGGCAUACAGUGGUCGCGUUGUAUGGGCAUCGCUUGUCGUUAACACUGACGUCGGUGGCGGGUCGCGCAGACGAAACGAUACUUAGUAAAUAAUCUUAAACCCAUUAUGUCAGUCAUAAAAAUAAAUCAGAUAUAAUUCGUUUCCGCAUUGGCCGUGUUGGGAUUUAGACCCAUAAGAAAGCUUAGUUCAGAAUGUUGUGAAAUCAGGGUUAUAAACUUCAACAUGGCGCCACCGUCACGUCAAGCGUGAAUGUAAGGGCUUGGGUUGGGCGCGGCUCAUUCGGCGUCCGACCGUCGAAGCAUUCGCACCGCUACCGCAGACUCAAAUGAGGUUUUGAUCUACAUAUAAUUUACAAUUUGAUGAACUCUGUAAUUCAGCAAUGUUACCCAGCUCGCUGUGUUUGAACGUUUGAUGUUACGCAUUACUGAAUUAUGUGUACUAAAUGUUUUAUUUCUCAUCCUGGUUAGUUGAUCGAAUUGUUACGUGUGUAGGGAGCAUUAGCUUGUGUGCUCGCCCACUGAACUAGCUGCAACAUUAGCCGCUCACUGUCCGUGCCGCCAGAGCCAUAAUGACAAUCAAAACCUCAUUUCCCAACGGUACUGUACCACAUGCAAUGAACGCAACUAUAACUUUUGCUGGUCGCAAUACGCGGGUAGUGAACCGUAAUUGGAAUGCGAAGGUUAUUGUUGCGGUCAGUGCGGUGCGGGGGCUCGCAGGUAACGGUCGGGUUGCACUGCGCGAUUUUGAAGUGCCAGUUGUUCCAGUGACCCCGCCACUCGGCGCAUACCCUCAACCGCAACCGCCGCAGGGACCGUUCCUGCCGGCGCCGCCCCACCAGGCCGCACCGCAGUAUGGAGUGGCGGGUUUUCCAGUGGCGGGCGGCUCCCCGUACGGCGUGACGUUCGGGGGCGCGGGCGCGGGGGCCGGGGGGGUGUACGCGCCCCCGCCCUACGAGCAGCUGCAGCACCACCAGGCCAUCCCGGCCCUUAGCCAGCAGCUACCGAUGUACAGCCCAGCGGCGGCAAUGUAUGCGGCGGCGGCGGCAGGCUACCCCGGGUACAUCGGCUACCCCGUGCAGUACUACCCGUACUACCCGGCGGUGCAACCCUCCAUCCAGCCGCUUCGCCCCACCAUCAUGAUACCGAACGGGUUCGAAGCCGGAGGUCGGUUCGAGGGUCUGGCGCAGAGCCUCCUCCCCCCCGCGCCCCCCGGCGUGCCCCCCUCCCCCGCGCACCUCGCCGCGCUGCAGCCGCACCAAGUGCUGUGGCGCUAGUUCUAGAUGGUAGAUCGUAAUAUUGUCCCCGGGCCGCGCCGGACGGUCGCGCCCCCCGCUGCCUGCACAGCCCGCCUCGAGAAGACCCGAUUAAUUAUUGUACACAAUCUACACGCAGGGCGGCGCCCCCGGCGUGCGCCACUGUAUCUGCGGACUCACCGGAAGUAAUAGUGGGCGUGUGAGGUCGCCGCACUCCCUGUAACAGCCAUAAAGUUGGAUGUUGGUGUGCGAGCGGCGCGCGGGCCGCAACACACUGUCGAUCAAAGCUAUCCAGAAUAAACUAUUUCAUGAAUAAAACGUAAAUUCUCAGGAAUGCUCACCGCAUCACUAUCACAACGGCUCACAGAUGUGUACUCAGUACUGUCGACCGCGCGGCUUAGACUCUAGUAGAGUUGCGUCACAUCCUUCUUUAUGGUCUGAAGACUUGCGGCGCCCCCGGGGGGUGGCGGG